AUCUGGGGGAAGUAUUCCCAGCCAGUUUCUUUUUCCUUCUGUUUUGUAAUUUUUUUUUUCCUACAAAGGAGGGAGGAUCCUGACCUGCGCAGCUCGCUGAGUGAAAACAACCGACAGUAUCAACAAGCAGAGGACACAAAGUCCUUCUGAGGAGCGGGACUUUUAUUUUUAUAUCCGUUAACCUCUGACAACAAACGUGACAAGUUCACCGUAAGGGAGACAGCAGUUCCCUGUAAUGGUACGUUAAUGGAGCGGUACGGUAACCUUGAUUUGGACCUGGAGUGUGGUGGAGGAGCUGUCUCUCAAAAAGCCUCAUUAUUCAGUGGGAUAUUCAAAAAAUCCUCCAAGUCUAAAGAACUGCUUCCAUCUGCACAGGCCGCCUUGACAUUACAAAAUCCUGAACUGUCUGCCAGCAAUGACAGUUUAACCAGCAAGUCAAAGGAUAAAUCAGGUGUGCUGGGUGGAUUACGGAAACUAUCUCCCAAACCAAGACAUGUGCGGAGGCUUUCACAGGAUCUAAAGGACAUCUCAGCCAGUAAUGACAAUCUGUCUGAGGACACCAAUGCAAAGGAGGAUUUGUCCACAACCGUUAAGAUCUCAGGCAGCAACGACAAUCUGCCUGUGAACAGCAACACUAAGGAGACAGGUGGGAAGUUUAGCAGUAUGUUUAAAAAAUCCCCAAACCCUCAGGAGGAUUUUGCUGCACCAGAUGAUCUCUCUGGCAGCAAUGACAAGAACCACGCAAAGGAUGAUUUGUCUGUCGAUGAUGAACUCCUUGCUGGUAAUGACAGUGCCGUGGAGAAGUCUUCAAAAGAUAAGGAAAAGACUGACCACUCAGGAGACUCACAGGAGAACAGUUCUGCCACAGAGAAGCCUAAAACCAAGGAGGAGAAAAGCUCCAACAACGAUGACGAGGAGAAAGUGGACCAUGGAGAUAACCAGCCCACUCAAAAACAGAAUAAACUGGCUGGGGGAAUGACGAAGCUGAAUCCAUUUCGAUAUGCAAACAAAAAUGAAAAGGAAGCAGGCUCAAUAGAAGAAGAUUCAACUGUCAGCAACAAGAAGUCAUCAGGCCAUAAGCAGAAAGACACAGAAGAUGCAGAAACACUCAAGGAGAAUGAAAAAGAAGUGGGAGAAAAAUCAAAACCAGAGGUGAAGGGGACGUCGUCACAUGACAAAGUAAAACCAAGAAGAAGUGAGGAUAACAAUGAAGGCAAAGACAUGACCUCCAGAGAGAAGAAAGAAAAACCUGCUAAGCCUCCUGCAGUUCCUGCCCGACCAUCAGAAGAGGAGCUGAACAGAAUAAUUAGACACAGUCGACAAGAGCAGAACAACCAACAGGAUGCAACUGAUGAUGAAAGGCUCAAAGAUGAUGAAGAGUCUGCAUCCAAAGAUGAAAAGAAUGAAGAGGAGAGCAAGGGGAAAAAAGAGGCUGCAUCGGAUGAUGUGGGGCUGAAUGCAUAUGAGGAAUCUGCAUCCAAGGAGGAAAAGAAUAAAGAAGAGGUCAAGGAAAAAAUGGAGACCAAAGUCAAGAAAAAAAAGAAGCACAACCCGUUCAUGCCUGAUGUAAAGGCCAAAGUGAUACAGAGACGUGCACAAGAAACAGCCCAAGCAGAGAGUGAAGGUGCGAACAGGUCUGUGUUUGACCAGCUAGAGGACUACCGUAUUGGCACUGCCUCAGCUGAAGAUAGUAAUGAUGUGGACCUUAUGGAAUGGUGGAAAACUGUGGAGCAAUGGAAAGACCCACCUCAACAUAAAGACAUGACAGAAAAAGAAGAGGCCAAGGCCUUUGCUUUGACCGCCGAGAAGCUGCAGAAGGGCAUCAGAGUCUUCAACAAACUGUUCACGGAGAGGGCAGAGAGUCUCUGGCAGCAUGUCAUCGACCUCAACGGCAUCGCUGAUGGGCUCGACAAGUUCAGCAAGAACACAAAGAUCGCUCAAAUCACAGGCGGCUCCACCAGCGCCGUUGGGGGCGUCGCCACUGUUGCUGGCCUCGCCCUGGCUCCCUUCACCAUGGGAACUUCCUUGAUUGUGACUGCAGUGGGCCUGGGCAUUGCUGCAGCGGGCGGUCUGACAUCAGCAGGUGCCGGCAUCUCCAACCAGGUCAACAACACCAUGGACCGCAAGAAGGUGGAGAAGAUCGUGCAGGACUACCAGGAGAAGAUGGAAGACCUGAACAAGUGCCUGACGUUCAUCAAACAGGGUAUUGAGAAUCUGCGCAGGUUUGAUCUGAUCAAGAUGAAGAAUAGCGCAUACAAUCAGGACUUUCCUGCACUUACUAGCAGAUUCUAUGAAGAUGGCGCCAUGGCAGGAAAGGCGAUCCUCGUCAAUGCCAAUGAGAUCAUGCGUUUUGUCCAGUUUGCCCAUGUAGCAGGUAGCACCGCAGCCAGAGCAGUCCAGAUUGCUAGUAUGGCAACUGGUGUGCUUACUGGCCUCUUUGUAGUUAUGGAUAUCUACUUUGUGUCCAAAGACUCCAAAGAACUCAAGAAAGGGGCAAAAUCAGAGUUUGCAGCCAAAAUAAGGGAGGUUGCACAACAGCUGCACGAUGGUCUGGUGGAGCUGAACUCAAUACACCAAGAGCUGCAGUUCAACUCACCAGAAAAAGACUCUGAGAAGACCACAGAAGAUCUGGACAGUGAGAAAAAAGAGAAAGACAACAAAGAAAAGAGAGAAGGAUGGAAAAGAUUUGAACAGUGAAAAGAAGGACAAUGACAGCUCAGAUGAAGAUGAAAUCGACCGCAUUAAAAAAGCCAUCAAAAAGGACCUUGAGAACCAAGAAUAUGUUUGACACAUAACUAGGAAGUACUUUCAGCUUUGCUUCCUUGUUAAGGGUUAAAGGAAAACUCAGUCCGAUUCCCAAAAGACAAGCAAAUGUUUUGUAUUUUACUAUCUAUGAGGUGGUUGGUGCCAGAUUUUUAAAGUAAAACUGCAAUCAGGCAUAUUUUAAUUGUCCAAAAGGAGCCCUUAAAGGUUAAAAUAUUAAGUUAAAUAUCUAAACCUGAAAUAAAGGAUCCAACUUUUUUAAAGAUGCAUUUGCCUUGAUGGUAUUGGUAUGUUUCAGAUAACAUCAAGAAUGGCUUAUUAGUUUUGUAUACUUUAAUGAAAAGAGCAAAUUUAAAAAAAAGGUAACUGGAUUUUAUACUGCUGCACCAGCUGUUUGAAAAACCCUAGUUUGGACUUUGCUUAAGUUUAUAGCUUGUUUCAAUCUAGUGAGUCAUUCCAUAAAAGCUGGCUGCCCCAUUUACCUUCAGGAAUGACUUAGCUGCUCGCAGUGUUUUAAAACAGUCGAACCUCUGUAGAGCUAGAAGCUACUCAACGUGUACACAGGGACUUACAAUCUAUAACAUGACUUCCAAAGCGAACAAUUUGUGGUGGUUGGGGUUGUGGUGAUAUGUUAACUGUCUGUCCUUUUGUAAAUGUGUUGCAGUUACCGUAUUUUUCGGACUAUAAGGCGCACUUAAAAUCCUUUAAUUUUCUCAAAAAUGCGCCUUAUAAUCCGGUGUGCCUUAUGUAUGAAUUCUGGUUGAUCUUACUGAUCUCAAACUGAUUUUAUGUGGUACACGACGCUCAAAAACCUGUCAAGAAAUGUUUUAGUACGACUUUGCUAAGCUACGAAGCCGCACCGCUUGAUGGAUUGUCGGAGCAUUACGGCUACCGUAGUCAGGAGCCUCGCGGAGUGAUACGUACUGUGGUUCAUCAUAAUAUUACUGUAUUGUGUGUAUAAGGACCACAAAAUGGCACAUGUGAAGAGACAUACUUACGAAGCAGAUUUCAAACUCAAGGCUAUCAGUCAUGCAGUAGAACAUGGGACUAGAGCAGCUGCGAGAGAAUUCAACAUUAAUGAAUCAAUAGUAGGGAAGUGGAGGAAUCAAGAAGAAUGAGUUGAGUGAAGUUUGACUUAUCUGACUGUUUUGUUUGCUUACUGCGCCUUAUAGUACGGUCCGCCUUAUAUUCCAAAAAAUACGGUAUACAUAUAUUAAGAAAUGCAUUUCUUUCAGUUGGUAUUAUGCAGUUUAGCACUGAUGGAAAAUUUUUAUUUUAAUUCUCUAUUUAGUUUUUUUUUUUGUUGUUGUUGUUGUAUUUUCUUUUCCUUCCCAGUAUACAUAAUUGGUAAAUAAUAUAUUUCAAAUCAUGUUUUCAUGCAAAACUAUAUUAACUUUAACAUAGUUUAGAUCAGGGGUAGGCAACCUUUGUGAUGAUGAGUGCCAUCUAAAAUUUCCUCAGAAGUCAAUGUGCCAUAUGAUUGCAUUAGCAAUAAAUUUAAUAACGCUCUGUAUUAACAGUUACACACUAUAUAGAACAACUUUAUAGAAUUAUAUUUGUUCGCAGAUGUUUGCAGCUAUCAUCGAAUAGUUAUCAGCUAUUUUGAAACAAAAAAGACACUUUUUAUCCAUAACAAGAACUCCAUAACAGCAAAUGAACUGUACAACAGAAAAUGUAAAUGCUAUUUAUGGUCUCCUCACAACAAUGAUAAGAAAAAUAAACUGGGCCAAUAUGGCAUGUUUGUUAAUACAGAGAUACACAUGUUAAUGUGACCUCUGGUCUCCCACUCAGAGACACAGGUUUCCGAGUGUCCAGCAUUCAGACGGCUACCUGAGGACGCUCUUCAUGUGAGAGAAAAUCUGCUCACACAGAUAUGUAGAGCCAAGUACUGUCAAUAAGGCCUCUGCAAUGUUCUGAAGACAGUUAAACUUGUCAGGUAGUGAUGUCCAGCAAGCUCCAUGAACACGCACAGCUAUGGAUUCCAGCUGCGUUUGUAGUUCUGCAAAACUUUGACCCCCUCAGAAUCGAGCUUUUCAGUUCAAUCAGCUGCAUUUCGAUGUCGCAUUAACUGGCAUUAACUCAGCCAGUUAAUGCGAGACAAAUCCAGCUGCUCAUUAAAGCUUUCUGGUUUGAUCAGUUUCAAGUCUACGGAUGUAUCCAUGUAUUUGCGCGGUGCUGAUGCUGCACUGAGCGGACAGCUCCUGAAGCAUGUGAAGUGUUGGAAUGUACUGGUGAAAUGUCCCUCUCAUCAGUAGGCUAAGUUAUUUUUAGACAAUUACAAGUUGAAUCUGGUAGUUGGGGUUGUUAGCUAAGAUACCGUCAUUAACCGCUGGCCCGGCCAUUUAUUUUUUUAUGCAACUUCUCAGAUUAAUUCACUGCGUGUCGUGCUCACGGCUGGACUGGGACAAAAAAAUCGGCCCGGGCACUUUGACUAGAGACCAGCCCACCAGGUAUUAAAGCCAUAAAGCCUUUGAAUGAAAGCAGACACUGUUGUGACAGUGAUGUACAGUCUUGUUGGUAUAUGUAUAAUUUCUAUACAUUUUACAUCAGAUAAAAACUUUGGUUGUAAG